CAUCCUCAUCGAUCUUUCCAACUCGUUUCCUCUGCUAGAUGGUGCCCGGCGACCAUGGACAACCACAUCAGGCGCCAGACCCGGUCAGGCCGGAGGUCCCGACGGGGCUGCGGCAACUGCAAACUCCGCAGCGUCAAGUGCGACGAGACCAAACCGGCCUGCCGGAAAUGCCGGUCCUACGGGGUCUCCUGUGACUACGUGUCGACCCGGCCUGAUCUCCAGGCAGCGGGGGAGCGCGUCCUCCACAUGGGGGUGCCCCCCAGUCUGUCCUUCUGGCCCAACGAGAAUGAAUAUCUGCUGAGCCGGUUCCAGACGCAGAUCGCAGAGACGAUCAGCGUCGGUCCGCGUCUGGAUGCCUUCCGAAAUGAAGUGGUUCGGCUUGCUCGAUCGACCCCUUUCCUGAUGCAUGCCAUCGCAGCGCUCGUUCUUAUGCAUCGGCGACACUCAGACACACCGCCCGGAACGGGGCUAAGCCUCCCCGAAUCGCGGCAUCGGUAUCGGGCACUGACCGGCUUCAACCGCAAGCUGUCGCAGCCCAACCGCCCCGAAGAUACAGGAGCAAUGGUGAGCACAGCAGCCAUGCUAUGGUUUCUCAUCUUUUGCGAGAUCGAGGCCCCGACCUUGGAGGAGACCUGGCCACUGAUGCGUACACCCUCGUCGGAUCCACCCUGGCUGCAAGUAAAUCGCGGCAAAGCAGAGGUCUGGCGACUGAUGCCUUCCAGUCCCACGGACUCUAUUGCUGCAAGGCUCGCACCAGUGCAGCUAUGCCCACUAUCCCCAGUCAAUAUGAUGGCGCUCGAUAUAGACACUAUACCGCCGGAAUUUGUCCGCCUGUAUCGUCUCGACACGACUUCGCCAUAUCAUGCUGUGGCGAUCGGAGUAGCGCGGGCGCUCUAUCACGACCAGGCAGUGAUCACGACCAUCCUCGGCUUCGUCACGUUUUGCAGCACCAUGGACGAUGGGUUCCGGCGUCUUCUCCUAGCCAGAGACCCGCGGGCGCUCUUAUUGCUUGCGUGCUGGUACCGACAAGUGCGGGGUCUGGGGGUUUGGUGGCUGACGCCACGGGCGUGGCGAGAGGGGGAGGCGAUCUGCGUGUAUCUGGAGAGGCAGUUCUCGGACAAUGUCGACCUUCAGAAAAUUCUGUUGCAGUUGAGGUAGUGAUGUGACUGGGACACAAAGCAGACUUUGUAUGCCGGAUGCGCAAGACGGGCUAAGAAAUUU